UGCAAUGAAAAAGGUGAAGAUCAUUAUGAUUAGCGCGGAAAUUUCCGAGUUUAACUUUUGACUUUUCUCUCCUUGAUCAUUUAUUAAUCAUCUCUUCAUGUCACUAUAUAUACAACCACGUACAAAGUUCACCUUCACAUCAUCAUCGUAUAUUCUAAAAAUGGCGAUGCUAACACCAGUCAUAAAACUCGUGGUUUUUAGGCAAAGUCUUCGACCACAUUCGGCUAUUGCAUUCCUCGUUGAGUUUCUUUGCUUUGUCUUAGAGUUACUCGACAAGGAAAAAGAUCUAGCCAAAAUAUUCGGAAUCGUAUGCGCUUGCGACACGUUAAUCUUCACUUUGCUCGACCUAAUCCAAAACCUGAUCGAAGAAGAAGUGAAAAUAGGAAGAUACGGCCGAAUGUUUUGGCUUUACACAAAAGAUGGGAGCCUCUAUUGGCACACACUAAACGCAUACCUACUCACGUUAUGCAUUGUCCACGUAAUCGGUUCCGCGGUCUCGUACUUUUCUCAUCGACAUUAUCUAGUCUUGCUUCCGCUUUUCUCCGCGGGGCUCGAACUCGUCCCACAAGAAGCCUAUCGUGUUCUUGGACCAGAUCAAGAGAGACAAGAUCCUCCUAUUAGACCUCUUCAUAGCACAUCAGAUGGAAAAAAUCAGAUUCUUCACGACGAUGUUCGGCUAAACCAAGAGUCACGAGGUUGCAUUUCACCUCAUCAUGUUCCAUUCGAUGGUAUUGAGGUACAACAAGGAAUGGUUCUUCAUGAUGGUAUUGAGCUAGAGCAUGAUCAAGUGAUUGUUCAUGUUGGGCCUAAUGAAGGCCCAUAAACUAUCAAAUGCUUGAAUAAAAAAGCUGUAACGUUAUAUAUAUAGAUGGAGACGUAUGUUUUUAAUGUAAUGUACGACUUAUGUACAGUGUACUUGCGAUCGUACGACUUUCGUAAGCCAUAGAAGAAGAAUCUUUGUUACAAAACUAUAUGUUAUAUAGGAAAAAAAAAAUAAAUAAAAAUCGACUCUUCAAUGUGCGUGGAGUCAGUGAAAGAUUUACGACACGUGUGAAGCAUUAAGAGCCGUUGGAUGAAAAUGGUUAUUUUUGUAAUU